AUGAAUGACAUGACUGCAGCAAUGAAUAUACGUUUACAUAUUUUAGAAAAGAUUACAAAUGGAUUCUCACCGGACUCGAUAAUUGGAAGGGGUGAGUAUGGAGACGUUUACAAGGGAGUCUACAAUGGUGAAGUGAUUGCUGUGAAGUUGCUUCAUAAUGAUCCGCAGCAAGUACUCGAUGACACACAAUUUAACAGCGAAGUCGGUAACCUUUUGAGGGUUGAGCAUCCAAAUAUUGUACGGUUGCGUGGUUAUUGUUAUGAAGCACAGUAUAAAUAUGUUGAACACAAUGGUGAGAAAGUUUUGUGUAAACAUAUGUAUAGAGUUCUCUGCUUUGAGUACUUACAGGGUGGAAGCCUAGACAAACAUCUUAAUGGUACAAUGGAACUUCACUUCAGUAUGGUCAUUAUUUUCUAUGCUUAA